GCCCCAUCCGCACCAGCCGCGAUGAAGGCGGGCUCCGGGGACCAGGGGAGCCCCCCGUGCUUCCUGCGCUUCCCGCGGCCCGUGCGGGUGGUGAGCGGCGCGGAGGCCGAGCUCAAGUGCGUGGUGCUGGGGGAGCCGCCGCCCACUGUCGUGUGGGAGAAGGGCGGGCAGCCGCUGGCCGCCUCGGACCGCCUGAGUUUCCCUGCGGACGGCGCCGAGCACGGCCUGCUGCUGAGCCCCGCGCUGCCCCUGACGGGGCCCCGGUCCCAGUGGGUGCUGCGGGGGACGGAGGUGGUGCUGACGUGCCAAGUGGGGGGCGUCCCCGAGCCCACGCUGUACUGGGAGAAGGACGGGAUGGCCCUGGACGAGGUGUGGGACCGCAGCCACUUCGCGCUGGAGCCUGGCGCCGCGGGUGGCCCGGGCACCAGCCUGGCGCUGCGCAUCCUGGCGGCGCGGCUGCCGGACUCCGGCGUCUUCGUGUGCCACGCCCGCAACGCGCACGGCCACGCGCAGGCGGGCGCGCUGCUCCAGGUGCAGCAGCCCCCCGAGAGCCCCCCCGAGGACCCCGACGGGACCCCCACGCCCGUGGUGGAGCCGCAGAAAUGUGCGCCCAAGACCUUCUGGGUGAACGAGGGCAAGCACGCCAAGUUCCGCUGCUACGUGAUGGGCAAGCCCGAGCCCGAGAUCGAAUGGCACUGGGAGGGCCGCCCGCUGCUGCCCGACCGCCGCCGCCUCAUGUACCGCGACCGCGACGGCGGCUUUGUGCUCAAGGUGCUGUACUGCCAGGCCAAGGACCGCGGGCUCUACGUGUGCGCGGCGCGCAACUCUGCGGGCCAGACGCUCAGCGCUGUGCAGCUGCAUGUCAAAGAGCCCCGCCUCCGCUUCACAAGGCCCCUGCAGGACGUGAUGGGCCGGGAGAAUGGCAUUGCGGUGCUGGAGUGUAAGGUGCCCAACUCCCGCAUUCCCACCGCCUGGUUUCGAGAGGACCAACGGCUACUGCCCUGCCGCAAGUACGAGCAGAUCGAGGAGGGCGUUGUCAGGCGCCUCAUUAUCCAUAGGCUGAAGGCAGAUGAUGAUGGCGUCUACCUGUGCGAGAUGCGGGGCCGGGUUCGCAGCGUGGCCAACGUGACGGUCAAAGGGCCCAUCCUGAAAAGGCUGCCCCGGAAGCUCGAUGUCCUGGAGGGAGAGAACGCUGUGCUGCUAGUGGAGACACAAGAGGCUGGGGUCAAGGGCCGCUGGAGCCGUGAUGGGGAGGCGCUGCCAUCCACCUGCCAGAGCAGCUCUGGCCACAUGCAUGCCCUGGUCCUUCCAGGGGUCACCAGGGAAGAUGCUGGUGAAGUCACCUUUAGCCUGGGCAACUCCCAUACAACCACUCUGCUCCGAGUCAAAUGUGUCAAGCACAGCCCCCCAGGACCCCCCAUGAUGGCUGAGUUGUUCAAGGGCCACAAGAAUACCGUCCUGCUCACCUGGAAGCCUCCGGAGCCACUUCCUGAGACCUCCUUCAUCUACCGGCUGGAGCGGCAGGAGGUGGGCUCUGAAGACUGGAUCCAGUGCUUUAGCAUCGAGAAAGCUGGAGCUGUGGAGGUGCCUGGGGACUGCGUGCCCUCCGAGGGUGACUACCGCUUCCGCAUCUGCACGGUCAGCGAACACGGCCGCAGUCCCCACGUUGUGUUUCAGGGUUCUGCUCACCUUGUGCCCACAGCUCGCCUGGUGGCAGGUCUGGAAGACGUGCAGGUAUAUGACGGGGAAGAUGCUAUCUUCUCCCUCAAGCUCUCCACCAUCAUCCAGGGCACCUGGUUCCUUAAUGGGGAAGAGCUCAAGGGUAAUGAGCCAGAGGGCCAGGUAGAGCUGGGGGCCCUGCGGUACCGAAAAGAGCAGAAGGGCCUGCAGCACAGACUCAUCCUGCAAGCGGUCAAGCACCAGGACAGUGGGGCCCUGGUUGGCUUCAGCUGCCCUGGUGUACAGGACUCAGCCGCCCUCACCAUCCAAGAGAGCCCAGUGCAUAUCCUAAGUCCCGAGGACAAGAUGUCACUGACCUUCACGACCUUGGAGAAGGUAGUGCUUACCUGCGAGCUCUCGAGGGUGGACUUCCCAGCAACCUGGUACAAGGAUGGGCAGAAAGUGGAGGAGAGCAAGACACUGGUGGUGAAGAUGGAUGGGCGCAAACAUUGUCUGAUCCUGCCUGAGGCCAGAGUCCAAGACAGCGGCGAGUUUGAGUGCAGAACAGAAGGGGUCUCAGCUUUCUUCAGUGUCACUGUCCAAGAACCCCCAGUGCACAUCGUGGACCCCCAGGAGCAUGUGUUCGUACAUGCCAUAACCUCAGAGUGUGUCAUGCUGACCUGUGUGGUGGACCGAGAGGACGCCCUCGUGCGAUGGUACAAGGACGGCCAGGAGGUGGAGGAGAACGACUACAUAGUGCUGGAAGAUGAAGGGCCGCAUCACCGCCUGGUGCUGCCUGCUGCCCAUCCCCCUGAUGGGGGCGAGUUUCAGUGUGUUGCUGGAGAGGAGCGUGCCUACUUCACAGUCACCAUCACAGAUGUCUCCUCGUGGAUUGUGUACCCCAGUGGCAAGGUGUAUGUGGCAGCUGUGCGCCUGGAGCGUGUGGUGCUGACCUGUGAGCUAUGCCGGCCCUGGGCUGAGGUACGUUGGACCAAGGAUGGUGAGGAAGUGGUGGAGAGUCCAGCACUGCUCCUGCAGAAGGAGGACACUGUUCGCCGCCUGGUGCUGCCCGCUGUCCAGCUGGAGGACUCCGGCGAGUACUUGUGUGAAAUUGAUGACGAGUCGGCCUCCUUCACUGUCACAGUCACAGAGCCCCCCGUGCGGAUCAUUUACCCCCGGGAUGAGGUGACCUUGAUCGCCGUGAGCUUGGAGUGUGUGGUGCUCAUGUGUGAGCUGUCCCGGGAGGAUGCUCCGGUGCGCUGGUACAGGGAUGGCCUAGAGGUAGAGGAGAGCGAGGCCCUGGUGCUGGAGAGUGAUGGGCCCCGCCGCCGCCUCAUCCUACCUGCUGCCCAGCCCGCAGAUGGGGGCGAGUUUGUGUGCGAUGCUGGAGAUGACUCGGCCUUCUUCACUGUCACUGUCACAGCCCCACCAGAGAGGAUUGUACACCCGGCAGCCCGCACCCUGGAUCUGCAGUUUGGGGCUCCAGGGCGUGUGGAGCUGCACUGCGAGGUGGCCCCGGCUGGGUCCCAGGUCCGCUGGUACAAGGAUGGGCUGGAGGUAGAAGCAUCUGAUGCCCUGCAACUGGGUGCUGAGGGGCCCUCCCGCACUCUCACCCUGCCCCAUGCCCAGCCCGAGGACGCUGGGGAGUAUGUGUGCGAGACCCGUGAUGAGGCCGUCACCUUCAAUGUCAGCCUGGCUGAGGCCCCGGUGCAGUUUCUCGCACCUGAAGCAGCCCCUAGUCCACUCUGCGUGGCCCCCGGGGAGCCUGUGGUGCUGAGCUGUGAACUGUCCCGAGCUACUGCACCUGUAUUCUGGAGUCACAAUGGGAGGCCAGUGCAGGAAGGCGAGGGCCUGGAGCUCCAGGCCGAGGGCCCCCGCCGUGCCCUCUGCAUCCAGGCUGCAGAACUGGCCCAUGCAGGCCUCUACACCUGCCAGUGUGGGGCGACCUCUGGGGCACCGAGCCUCAGCUUCACUGUCCAGGUGGCUGAGCCCCCCGUGCGGGUGGUGGCCCCUGAGGCAGCCCAGACAAGGGUUCGAAGCACCCCUGGCGGGGACCUGGAGCUGGUGGUGCACCUCUCCGGGCCCGGGGGCCCUGUGCGCUGGUACAAGGACGGGGAGCGCCUGGCGAGCCAGGGGCGGGUGCAGCUGGAGCAGGCCGGGGCCAGGCAGGUGCUGCGGGUGCAGGGGGCACGGAGCGGGGACGCUGGGGAGUACCUGUGUGAUGCGCCCCAGGACAGCCGCAUCUUCCUCGUCACUGUGGAAGAGCCACCACCAGUGAAGCUGGUCUCAGAGCUGACACCACUCACUGUCCACGAGGGUGACGAUGCCACAUUCCGCUGUGAAGUUUCGCCACCAGACGCUGAUGUCACCUGGCUGCGCAAUGGAGCUGUCGUCACUCCAGGCCCCCAGCUGGAGGUGGCCCAGAAUGGCUCGAGCCGGACACUGACCGUGCGAAGCUGCCGGCUCGAGGAUGCAGGGACUGUGACAGCACGCGCAGGGAGCACAGCCACCAGUGCCCGGCUCCACGUUCGAGAGACAGAGCUGCUCUUCCUGCAGCGACUGCAGGACGUGCGGGCAGAGGAAGGCCAGGACGUGUGCCUCGAGGUGGAGACGGGCCGUGUGGGCCCUGCAGGAGCCGUGCGCUGGAUUCGAGGCGGGGAACCACUCCCACUCGACUCUCGCCUAUCCGUGGCUCAGGAGGGCCACAUCCACCGCCUGUUCAUCCGUGGUGUUGUGCUGGCUGACCAGGGCACCUAUGGCUGUGAGAGCCACCAUGACCGCACCCUGGCCAGGCUCAGCGUGAGGCCUCGGCAGCUGCGGGCACUGCGGCCUCUGGAGGAUGUGACUGUCAGCGAGGGUGGCAGCGCCACCUUCCAGCUGGAGCUGUCCCAGGAGGGUGUGACCGGGGAGUGGGCACGGGGCGGAGUCCGGCUGCAGCCGGGACCCAAGUGCCACAUUCACGCCGAGGGCCACACGCAUCGCCUGGUGCUCAGCGGCCUGGGCCGGGCAGACUCAGGCUGUGUCUCCUUCACGGCGGAUGCCCUGCGCUGCGCUGCCAGACUCACUGUGAGAGAGGUCCCAGUGACCAUUGUUCGGGGGCCACAGGACCUAGAGGUGACCGAGGGUGACACGGCUACGUUGGAAUGUGAGCUUUCCCAGGCCUUGGCAGAUGUCACCUGGGAGAAGGACGGGCGCGCGCUCACCCCCAGCCCCCGGCUCCGGCUCCAGGCCCUCGGCACGCGCCGCCUUCUCCAGCUGCGGCGAUGCAGCACCUCGGACGCAGGGACCUACAGCUGCGCGGUGGAGACAUCCCGCGCCGGGCCCGUCCGCCUGACCGUGCGCGAGCGCCGGGUGUCAGUGCUCCAAGAGCUCCGGUCUGUGCGCGCCCGCGAAGGGGACGGCGCCACGUUCGAAUGCACUGUGUCGGAGGCUGAGACCCUGGGAUGCUGGGAGCUCGGAGGCCGCCAGCUGAGACCCGGAGGCCGCGUCCGCAUCCGACAGGAAGGAAAGAAACACAUUCUAGUCCUGAGCUUGCUGCGCGCGGAGGACGCCGGUGAAGUCCGCUUCCAGGCGGGACCCGCCCAGUCCUCGGCUCUGCUAGAAGUGGAGGCAUUGCCUCUUCAGAUGUGCCGCCGCCCCCCUCGCGAGAAAACGGUUCUGUCUGGCCGCCGGGCGGUGCUGGAGGUGACCGUGUCCCGCUCCGGGGGCUCCGUGUGCUGGUUGCGGGAAGGAGUCGAGCUGUGUCCGGGAGACAAGUAUGAAAUGCGUAGCCACGGCCCCACCCACAGCCUGGUUAUCCAUGACGUGCGACCUGAGGACCAGGGCACCUACUGCUGCCAGGCUGGCCAGGACAGCGCCGACACACGGCUGCUGGUAGAGGCUGGAGUUUGAGUCCCCACCCCGGGGGCGGGGCCCUUGCAGUGACACGUCGGACAGCGGCGGCCAGGGCCGAGGCUCCAGCGCCGAGCG